AUGGGCGGGGUCGCCAUUGGCAUGUCAGAGGAAAUAAAGAUACUGGGGCUCACUGUGGAUCACAAGCUCACCUUCAACACGCACGUCGCAAAUGUUUGUAAGAAGGCCAUUAAUAUCUACAAACAGUUGGCCAGGGCGGCAAAGGUGAGCUGGGGUCUACACCCCGAGGUGAUCCGCAGCAUCUACACGGCGGCGGUGGAACCGGUGAUUCUGUACGCGGCCAGCGCCUGGGCGCCAGCAGCCAGGAAAGUCGGUGUGCAGAAACUCCUUAAUUCGGUCCAGCGAGGGUUCGCUCAGAAGCUGUGCGGAGCGUACCGCACCGUCUCACUGCAUUCGGCACUUGUGCUGGCGGGGUUGCUCCCGCUCGACCUUAGGAUUCAAGAAGCAGCCGCGCUCUAUGAAAAGAAAAAGGGAGUAACUUCGCUGGCCGGUCGUGAGGUGGAACGGGUGGUGGCGUUCGCAGACACGCCACACCCGGCGAAACAUACGGCCAUGGGGUUCGUGAGCUUGGUAGAUCAGUCUCAUGUGGAGUCCCACAACAGCCAGGACAUACGGUUCUUUACAGACGGCAGCAAGAUCGAGGGCAAGGUCGGAGCAGCACUCUCCCUUUGGGAUAGGGAGGCCGAGAUCAAGUCCUCGAAACUCAGUCUGCCGUCCUGCUGUACUGUCUACCAGGCAGAACUCCUGGCCAUAUGCGUAGCCACUAGGCAAAUACUGCGGCGCCGGGAGGGCACUUUUGGCAUAUACAGCGACUCGAAGGCAGCCCUGCAAACGGUCACCAACCAGAGUGCCCUCCACGCCCUGGCAGUGGAAGCAAGGGCGAACCUCAGUGUGGCUUUAUCCCAGGGCAAAGUUACAUCCUUGUUCUGGAUAAAGGCACACGCUGACUGGAGGAAAUGA